GACAUUGUGAGUUGCGGCAGUCUGGUGAGUGCUUGUGGGAAGGCAGGUGCCUGGCGGAUUGUCAUGAAAUUGUUGGGAGAUGAGGAGCAGCUGAAUGUCCUCACCUUCAACGCAUCGUUGAGCGCAUGUGGAAGCGCCACACGCUGGGAAGAAGCUGUGGAACUGUGUCAUGGGAUGCCCAGCGUAGCUCAGAGACCGGAUGUCAUCAGCUUCAACGGCACCAUUAGUUCCCUGGAUGGAUGGCCCAGGGCCUUGGACGUGCUGGCGUUGGCGCGAGCGAAGUGUGUGCGCAUCGACGAGGUCAGUUGCAAUGGUGCCAUCAGUUGCGAGGGCCCUUGGACCUUGGCCCUGACCCUGACUACUUUGAUGCUGUCUCAGCUGCUGAUGCAGACUGUGGUGACCUUCAGCGGAAUGCUGCGGGCCUGGGCUCAACGCUCUGAGUGGACAUCGGCUCUCAGCUCCUUGCAGUCCAUGGGCGCCACGCAGGUGCGCAGCAACAUCAUUUCGCACAACAAUGCCCUCUACGCGUGCAGACGCACAGAUCAAUGGAUACAUGCAUUGAUGAUUUUGCACCGUUUGAUGGCUUGGAGUGUCCCCAGUGCGAUCAGCUAUAGCACCACCUUCACCACGCUGACGGGUUGUCCCGGUGGCUGGCGACGGGCUCUGCAGUUAUCGACCUUGGUGGAGCAUAGGCUGCAGGGGAAUGAUGUGUUUCAAAAUGCGCUGGGUCCUGCCAGCAGUGGCCCUUGGCACUACGCUGUUGGAAGCUUGUGGGAAAUGAGGAGCAUUGAGUGCGACCCCAACCUGGUCAGCUUCAACGGUGCGCUUCAAAGCUGCGCGGUGUCCACUGCCAGACCGUGGCGUCAGGCGUUGGAGCUGCUGAGUGCAGAGAGUGAUGUCAUCAGCUUCACCUCUGCAGCCGAGACCUGCGCGCGGUGCGAGUGGAGCUGUCUUCGGGCGCUGGUGGAAUUGCUGGAGGGUUUGGCCAUCGAAAAGAAGGGGUUUGGAGCUGCCCAACCCAUCCGAUUUUCUGGGGGAGAUUUCACUUGA